AUGCUAAUAGGAUACUUGAGAUUUAGGUAUUUACCGUGGGUCAUCCAGCGAUGUACUAUAAUACGGCACUUUCACCCAUCAUUCAAUAGACACCAGCUUAGCGAUGACGCGACACUUUCAAUUUCACCAAACGAAUAUGUAACCAGUCUCGUUCCCAAAAAGAUUCACCCAGGACUAGAAUCAAUUCUUGCGAAUGCAAAUAAACCCAUCAUACUACGCGAUUAUCAAGAAGAUGCUGCGGAAGCAGUCUUGAGUAAACUUGCCAACGGUGUGCGAAAACCUGCUGUGGUGAUAGCUACUGGUGGUGGAAAAACGAUUGUGUUUUCUCAUUUGAUCCCUCGCUUAAAACCACUUGGCGAGGGGAGAGGUAACAAGGUCAUGGUACUUGCUCAUACGGAAGAAUUGAUUGAUCAAGCAGUCAAGAAAAUACGUUUAAUGAACCCUGGAUUGAAAGUCGAGGUGGAGAUGCGUAAAUUGAAGGCAUCCCCAGAUGCUGAUGUGGUGGUUGCAUCUGUGCCAUCAUUAGUUCGCCGAAGGAGAUUUGAGAAAUUCGACCCAAUGGAAUUCAAGAGCAUCAUUAUUGAUGAGUGUCACCACGCACCUGCUAUUACAUAUAGGAAAGUCUUGAACCAUUUCAAAGCGUUGGAUUCUAAUCUGACAAUUAGUGUGAUUGGUUUCACGGCAACACUUGUGCGACUCGACAAGCAAUCUUUGGGCCAUAUCUUUGAUGAAGUUGUUUACGAGAGGUCGUUAAAAAGUAUGAUUAAGAAUAAGGAACUAGCUGAUGCAAAAAUAAGUGAAGUUAAGGUCAAGAUAAAUCUAGACCAAGUGAAAACAGUCAAGAAUGAAUACGAUCCAGCAAGUUUGUACAGAGCCAUGAAAGAGAUUGAUUUCAAUGAAAAGAUUGUAUUGGCAUAUUUACGUCUCAAGGAGGAAGUUGAUUGCAAGAGCACAUUGAUAUUUUGCGUUGGGGUCGAGCAUUGUUUUGAUGUUUGUGACUUGUUUCAACGUAACGGGAUCAAUGCGCAAUAUGUCACAGGCGAAACCUCCAAGGUUGAAAGAGCUUCCAUAAUCGAGGACUUUAAACUGGGAUUGAUUCCGGUGCUAUGCAAUGUCCAAGUGUUUACAGAAGGUACUGAUAUGCCCAACAUUGACUCACUUAUACUUGCGAGACCCACAAUGUCGAAAUCGUUGAUGAUACAAAUGAUUGGAAGAGGUUUGAGGUUACACAAGGACAAGACGCAUUGUCAUAUAGUUGAUAUGGUUGAAUUGACUAGACAAGGAAUAGACAUCAAACCAUCACUAGAAGGGGAGAAAUUGGUAAACUCAAGAAAGAAAUUGCUUGAACGGGAAGAAGAUUUGGACCAACUCGUGCCAUCUCCUCAUGCACAAUUAUCAAGCAAGGAUAGAGAGAUUGCUGUUGCAAGGAUCCUAGAGUAUCACAGGAAAGAAAUUGUGUGUCUAGAUAAGCAACCACUGAUUAAUCAAACACCAGCGAUUUGGUUUCGAGAUCGGGCGAUAGUAGACAAAGUCAUGCUCAGAAAUAAGUAUCCAUGGGCAAUGAUUGAAACAAGUAAGGUUUGGGGUAUGCCUGGCUUGUCCGAUAAUUAUUUUAUUUUGAAACGAACUACUUAUAGGGGACACAAACUUUUUGAGGCACUGCAUCAUACCUUUCAGAACAAGUCCGGAACGGUUAUUCAUAGAAGUGCCAAUUUACUUGAAGUAUUUGCCGCAUUGAAAACAAAAUACAGCGACCAUUUACAGUAUGCUGAGAAGCGAAACACAUUUGCUCGAAAAGCUACACCCAAGCAGGUUGCUUACAUAAUGUCCAUGAUUGGUUAUAAACUAAGUUAUUAUAUGCAGACAAAACGAAUUGAUAUCCCAAGGGAGGAGUUUGAAGAGCACGUUGCUGAAGUCUUGAAAAACGAGAAACAAGCAAUCAUUUGCAAGUUUAUCUUUGCAUUAAGACUUGGCGAUAAUGAUUAUGAAAAGUUAAAGUGUGCACAGGUUGUCAACAAUGCUGUGAAAAGGUUGCAUGAGAAUAUAUAG